AUGGAGGCUUCUGACAAACCCACAAUCACGGGGAUCAAUGCUUUCCGUCCCAAGAAUCUCAUCGCUCUACUCAGACUCAAGAAAUCCAACUUUAAAACCGGCAUUCAAAGCAAGGAGAACUUCAAGCAGUACCUCCGAACUCCUGGAUCAGAUGCCGAUCCCACGGGCUCUUAUUCAUGGAUAAAUGAUGAUCUACUCCCAUCAGCGCCGGAGUCACGCACAUGGGUGUGGUGGAACUACUUUUUCUUCUACUUCAGUCUGUCCAUGGACAACUGGACCCUUGGCUCUACCAUGAUUGGGACUGGCAUGAACUGGUGGCAGUCCAUUUUGAUUGUCUUCUUCAGUCAGAUAGUCAGUUCUGUCGCCAUGGCCAUCAACUCUCGCUCAGGUGAAGUAUAUCACGUUGGAUACCCCAUCAUAUCAAGAGCUGUCUUCGGUACUUGGGGCGCAUACUACGUCGUCUUUGCAAGAGCUGUUCUGGCCAUUGUAUACUAUGCCAUCAAGCUCUACAUUGGAUCCUCCUUUCUUGUCAACAUGUUGAACGCUGUGUUUGGUGACUCGUUCCGAAACCUACACAACUCAAUCCCGGCUUCGGUUGGCAUGACCAGUGCUCAAUUCAUUGCCUUCUUCCUCUAUUGGUUGAUCCACAUCCCUUUCACACUGCUUAGGCCGUAUCAGUUGCGUUGGCUCUUUACGGUGAAGAUGUGUACUGUUGUCCCCGCGUGUUUUGGGCUGUUCAUCUUUUGUAUGGCGAACACGAAAGGCAACAUCGGCGGAGGCCUCCCCGGAGCUCCUGCAUCGAAAUCGACCAGCUUUGCAUGGUUUGUUGUAUAUGCCUUCAACAGCGGACUCGGGAACACUGCAAACCUCAUCACAAAUCAGCCAGAUUUUAGCCGCUGGGCGAAGUACAAAUAUGCUUCUGUCUGGUCGCAGUUGAUCGCCAACCCUAUCAGUGUUACCAUCAAUGCCAGUCUUGGUAUCUUGGCGACCUCCGCCAUCAACCAUUCUUGGGGUCUUCAGCUGUGGAAUCCAUGGGAUCUCCUGGACGCAAUUUUGCUUAGAUACCCAACCUCUUCGGUUCGGUUUGCCGUUUUCCUCUGCGCGACAUUUUGGGCUCUCCUAGUCCUUGGGACCAACGUUGCUGCAAACAUGAUUCCGUUUGGUUCCGACUCUACGAUGCUCCUUCCGCGAUAUAUCAACAUGACUAGAGGGCAGUUUCUUGGACUAUGCCUAGCCUGGGCCGUCAACCCCUGGCAGAUCCUUCGAUCCGCUGAAGUCUUUUUGAAUUUCCUCGGUGGAUACGUCAUCUUCAUGGCCGCAGCCGUCGGUAUCAUGGUGGCAGACUACUACGUCCUUACCAAAGGGAACAUUUUUCUCAGGCAUCUGUACGACGGAAACAAGGCCAACCCUCACUACUACUACCACAAGGGUUGGAAUGUUCAAGCGUAUAUUGCCUACGUCGUGGCAGUUGCCAUUCCAUUCCCUGGCUUCUGUGGCUCUCUUGGUGCGAACGUCUCAGAGACUGCUAUGAACCUUGGUCACCUCGGCUGGUGUUUAUCGUUCGUCGUGUCAAUCGUUGUCUAUAUUGCCAUCUGCUAUGUCUGGCCGACGAGGAAUCAGAAGGUGAUCAAAAGCAUGAACCUGAAGUUUGAAGAGAUGGCUGGGGUUGAGCUCGAUCCAGCUACAAUACCAAACUAUCACGGUGCUGUGAUUCAGGGACGGGAGGUUCCAAGUCUGGAUGAGUCUGAGUCGGCUACGGAGAAGACGGUUGGUCACAGCACUGUGGUUGCUACAAAGGUUGCGUGA